AUGAUAAAAAGAAUACAAGUAAAUUGUAUUAAAGAUUGUCGAUCGAAUAUUCAAAGAAGGAAAAAACUUCUUGAUAUUGAUUCCCCUUGUAUUGACACAGUUAAUCAGGUUAGAAUCAUUAAAGAUUCUGUUCAAAUUGGAUUUCGUUUAACAGCGGAUUUGCUGGUAACAAUGUGGAUACUGGCACUCAAAUGUAUCAAGUCUUAAGAAAAUUCAGGUAAAAUUUUGGAAAAAUGUAACCGAAGCAGAUAGUUUUUCCUCAAUAGGUUCUAAAAUAUGCUUCUACGUUUUUCUCUUUUAGAUAAUAAUAAUAAUUUUGGCAAUGAUUUUGAGAAUGAUCAACACUAUUGAUGUCAUCAUUAUAUGAAAAUUUUAGCAUCUGAAUAAUCGAUAGACAAUUUUAAUGAUAAUGAAAAUUAGAAAAAAAUAUAUUGAAAUUGGAUGUUCUGAUUAUUGACGCUAUUUUGAUAAUUAUAAUUAACUUUUGAUUAUGGCGUUCGGCAUUAUGUUUCAUACGCAUAUAUAGAUUCGACUUAUAUU